AUGGAGCGGUCCGGGGAGGGAUCGCGGCGGGCGGCAGGCGGGAAGAAAGCGGCGACCAAAUCGAAGCUCGUGGUCAGCCGCGCGAGGCCAUCGGACACCACCACAAACCUCGACGACAGCUGGCACAUCCCCGAGCCUUCUGAUUGGCUCUCCACGUCAGCCACCUCCACGACACCAUCCACCGCACCCAUAAAUGCACCUGCGGCCGUUGCUGCUGCUGCUGAUUCAGCACACUCCAGCGCCCACAGCAGCGGCAGAGGCCGGCCCACCCGCACGGGUCUCACCCGGGGGACUGCUGCUGCUGUUCCUCCUCCUCCUCUCGAGCCUAAACCAGAUGCUCCUGCUGCUCGCGCUCCUGCUUCUGCUGGUGGGGGAUGGGAUCCGGAUUUGGACGACAUUCCUGGUGCUGAUGGGGAUGGCUGGGGCAGCAUGUCGCCUGUUAGAGACGUGGAGAAGGGCGCGCGAAGGGGGAGUGUGAGUGGGCCGGGAGUGGAAGGGGAAGAGCUGGGCCGUGAGCAGCAGGGAGCAGUGGAGGCGAGUGGUGGUGGUGGUGGUGGUGGUGGUGGUGGUGGUGGUGGUGGUGGUGGUGGUGGUGGUGGUGGUGGUGGUGGUGGUGGUGGUGGUGGUGGUGGUGGUGGUGGUGGUGGUGGUGGUGGUGGUGGUGGUGGUGGUGGUGGUGGUGGUGGUGGUGGUGGUGGUGGUGGUGGUGGUGGUGGUGGUGGUGGUGGUGGUGGUGGUGGUGGUGGUGGUGGUGGUGGUGGUGGUGGUGGUGGUGGUGGUGGUGGUGGUGGUGGUGGUGGUGGUGGUGGUGGUGGUGGUGGUGGUGGUGGUGGUGGUGGUGGUGGUGGUGGUGAGGGCACUGUUAGGCUGUCUGAUGGGGGGGAGGAAGGGGAGGGGGACGCGGGGAGUGCGGGUGAAGGGGAGGGCGGAGAGGGUGGAGAGGGCGGGGAAGGCAGAGAGGGCGGAGAUGGCAGAGAGGGCGGAGAUGGCAGAGAGGGCGGAGAGGUGGAUGAUAUUGUGGAAGAGGAGAGGGAACUGAACCGACUGCUGGAAAGAGAGGGCGGAGGGCAGAGGAAGGACGAAGAGCAAGAGGAAGGGGUUGAAGGAGCGGUGGACGGGAAGGGGGAGGAGGCGUUGGGGGGCGGAGAUGCAGCAGGGGGGGAUGAUGGAGGGGCGGAGGAGGCGGAGGAGAUUCUGAUGGCGCAGCUGGCAGGUGGGGAAGGGGAGGGGGUGGAAGGAAGGGCGGAGGAGGGUGUUGUGAGGGGGAGAGGCAAGCGGGUCGUGGAGGGGGAAGAGAACGAGGUGGGUUCUGGUACUGGUGGUGCUACUGGUGAUGAUGAUGUUGAUGACAGUGCCUCUGCUGCUGCUGGCGACGGGAGGAAGGGCAGAGUCGACUCGCCAGAGGGGGAGGAGGACGCGGAUGAGGAUGAUAUGACAGGUGUGGAAAAGGGAGAGGAAAGAAAGAAGGCCAGCAGGAAGAGUGAGAAGGGUGGGAAGAGCGGGAAGGGUGGGAAGGGUGGGAAGGGUGGGAAGGGUGGGAAGAGCAGUAUGAGGUAUGCCAGUAUUGACGAGACUGCAGGUGACGCAGAUGGGGACGGUGCGGCAGAGGGGGGUGUUGAGGGUGCAGGUGACGUGGACGGUGGGGAGCAUGCAGAAGCGGGUGCAACUAGUGGGGACACGGAGGGUCUGGAAGGAAGUGCGGACGGGGAGGAAGAGAGGGCGGAGGAGGGUGGUGCUCAGAGAGGGGUAGCAGUGGGAACAGGACGAGGGAAGGGGAAAAGACGAAGAGAAGGCGGGGACACGGGUGGCGAGGAGGGUGAAAAGGAAGGGGGAGAAGAGGAGGUAGAGGGAGAAGGGGAGGAUGGGGGCAAGACUGAGAAGAAGGCGGUUAGGAAGUCGACGAGAGGCAGGGAGGAGACGAGCAGGAGUGGCGAGGGGGGUGUGGGGGAGGAUGAUGAGGGUGCAGGAGAGGAGAGCGAGGAGGGUGAGGAGUGGCUUAGAAAGGAGAUGGCUGCAAAGAAGGGGAAGAGUGGGGAGCGGAAUUCGAAGCGGACUAAGGGGACGAAGGCUGGGAGAAAGGUUGAGACUGAAGGAACUGAGGAGGGUGAGGCGGAGACGACAGGGACUGGAGAGGAAGAGGAUGGGGAGAGAGGGGAUGAAGCUGCUGAAGAAGAGGGGGUGAAGGCAGCGGAAAGGAAGGUGCAGAAGGUGAAGAAAGGGGCGAAAAAGAGUGUGAUUGGAGAUGGGGGAACGAAGGAGAGGGUUACAGUGGGAGAAGGGACGAAAGGAAGGACAAAGACGAAGCAGGUGGGUAAGGGCGUGGGUGGGAAGGGUGAAGACGAAGAGAGUGAGGAUGGAGCGCAGGAGGGUAAGGAGGGCGAGGGAGAAAGGAGUGGAGAGGGGGAGGGAAGUGCAGAGGAAGCAGAGGAGGAGAGGGUAGUGAUUGAGCCGGGAGUGAUAAUGAGUCAUAUUCCUGUGAGUAAGAAACCUGUUGUGGUGGCAGAUGCUGAAGAGACUGUGGGUGCUGACCCUGUGGAUGAGGAGGAGGAGGAAGAGGCGCAGGCGGAGGAGGAGGGGGAGGGGGAGGAGGGAGGAGAGGGAGGUGAUGGAGGGGAGGGAGGAGAGGGAGGAGAGGAAGUCGAUGUGAGGAGCAAAGGAAGGAAGGACAAGGGAAAGAAGGCAAAACGAGAAGCUGUGGAGGGGGGAGAGGGAGAGUCGGAAGGGGAGGAAGGAGAGGUGGGGGAUAUCAAGGUAAAGGCUCGCACGCAGAAGGGCAAGGGGAAGGCGAAGGAGGGGAUGAAGGAGGCUGAAGAUGGUGGCGAGGCUGAGAGUGAAGGUGCUGCGAAUGCUGAUGCUGAUGCCGAUGCUGAUGCUGAUGCGGAGGGUAAGGGUAAAGAGAGUCGUGUGAAGAAGAAGAGUGAUGAUGGCGAGGAGAGGCAGGGAGGUAGCGGCUCUCUGUACACUGGAGUGAAGGAGAGCACAGCGACGGGAGGCACAGGGGAGGCGGACAGGGGCGAGGGUAGCGGGAAAGUGCGGAAGGGUGUAGCGGUUGAAAGGGGGAAAGGGUUGGCGAACGGGAAGGAGGAGGGGGAGGAGGUGGUGGAGGAGGAGGAGCAAGGGGAGGAGGCAGGGGAGGAAGGGGGGGAAGGAGAGGAGGAGGAAGUGGCACGUGAGGAGAGGAAGAAGGCAAAGAAGAAGGUGCAUGGCCCGGGCAAAGGACACGGCAAGGAGGGCGCAGCAGCAGAAAGAGAAUCGGGUAGUGUGAAAGAGAAUGAGAAGGAGGAGGAGGAUGAGGAGGAGAAGAAGAGGGAGAAGAAGAAGGAGAAGGGAGAUGCUUCAGAGGAUACUAAGAAACCAUUGGCCAUUGUGGGGGAGAAAGAGAAGGAAGAGGAGAGAGAGGAGGUGGUUGAAGGGGCGGGUGGAGGAGGAGGGGGGAAAGGCGUUGCAGGGACUUAUGGGAAUGGACCACCGGAGAGUGAUGCAGGGAAGGUGGUGAAGGGGAAGGCAGAGGGAAAAGCAAAGGGCAAAAUGGAAGAGGAAGUGGAAGAGGAAGCGGAGGGGGACGAGGAGGGAAAAGCAGAGGGCAAAGGAGUGAAGGAAAGGGGUGAAGGGAAGGCAAAGAAAGAAGCAGGUGAUGAGGAUGGUGCAAAGGACGAGGAGGGGGAGGAAGUGGAGGAGAGUGGAGGGGGUGCAAGAAGGCCGGUGACAGAUGCAGUGAAGGGGGAGAAGGUGAGGAAAGCUGGCAGGGGAGGUGAUGGCGAGGGAGAGGCGGAGCAAGGUGAGCCGGGCGAGGAGGAGGUGGAGAGCGAUGGGAAGAGCGGUGAGGGGAAAGAUGAUGCGGGUGAUGGUCUGAGUGCGGGGGAAGAUGGAGAAGGGCUGAAGCAGACCAAAGGCCAGAGUAAGAUUAAGAGCAAGAGUAAGAUUAAGAGCAAGAGUAAGAUUAAGAGCAAGAGUAAGGGCAAGAACGAAAUUCUGGGAGUAGUAGUGAAGGGGAAGGCAGGUAGUGCAGCAGGUAAGCUGGAGGAGGGGGAGGAGGGGGAGCGGAAGGAGGAGGAAAAGCGAGGGGAGGGAAGGGAUGGUGCUGAUGAUGGUGGUGAUGGUGGGAAGGGGAUUCGUUCCGUAGCUAGAGAUGAAGAAGGGGUGGAGAGGACGGAUGGUGGGCAGGCUGCAGUGGAAGGCGGGGCGGAUGCGGAUGAGGAGGGGAAGAGGCAGAGCAAGGUGGAAAAUGAGGAGGAGGCUACAGAGGAGGAGAGGGAGGGGGGCAAAGAGAAGGAGAAGGUGAAAGAACGGGCAACAGCGAAGAAGAGCCAGCGACGGAAGGAGGGGAAAAGUGUGGACGAGAAGAGCAGGGAAGGGGAGGGGGAGGAGGAGGGGGAGGAGGAGGAUGUGGUGGAGGAGGAGGUGAAGGGGGAGAAGAGGAGGAAGAGCAAGGCGAAGAGUCUGUCGGCUUUGGCAGGUGAGGCCACAGCAGAGAAUAAUACUACUGGCAGUGGGAGUGAUGAUGCGAAACGAUCAGCAGGAUUGGGAGAUGAUAAACCGGCAGCUGACAGUGACACCACUGGUAUUGCCACGCCUCAUAGUGGCGAUACCCCUCACAACACCAGCAGCAAGAGUGGGGCUGCUAGCAAUGGCACAACGGGCAGCAGGAGCGAGCCUGAGGUGGUGGAGAAAGAGUGGGAGGAUGUUUCUGCAGAGGCAGCAGGCAACAGGACAGCCACGGCAGGAGCUGCAGCAGAGGCAGCGGGGAGUGCGGCGGCAACGCUGGCAGCGGAAGGGAGGGCGGUGCAGGAGGGAGAGGACCUGAUGGCUGUACCUGAUCAGGUGGGGCAUGCGGGUGAUGGUGGUGGUGCCCCAGAUGCGCAUGGAGAGGCACGUACAGGUGGGAAGGGUGGGGUGGCUGGCAGUGGUGAUGGCAGUGGUGAUGGCAGUGUUGAUGGCAGUGAAGCUGCGAGCAAGGAUGGGAAGGCAGUGGUUUCGCUUGCUCUGGCAGGUGUUGGUGAGGCUACGGGUGGGAAUGGGAAUGGCAGAAGUUCAGAGAAGGGAGAUGAUGCGGCUGGGACAGACGGCGAGGCAGCAGGGGAGGUGAGGAAAGGGGGAGAUGAGAUGAGGGGACAGCAGGAGAGUGGUGGGGUGGAGGGGGGUGGGGAUGAAGUGGAGGAGAGGGAAACGAGGAAGACGGGGAAGGGGAAGAGCAAGUCAAAGUUGAGUAAAGGCGAGGCGAAGGCGAAGAAAGUGGGAGGAUCUUCAGAGGGGUUGAGUGAGGAGGACCAUGAGGAGGUGAAGGGAGUGAAGGGAGAGGGGGGAGAAGGGGGGGAGGGGGGAGAGGGGGAAGAGGAAGGUGCAAAGUCAGAAGAACAAGUGGUGGCAGCAGGUGUGGAGGCAGCAGGAGGGGCGGAAGGGGCGGAAGGAGCAGAAGCAGAAAGGGCACAAGGGGAGGCCACAGAAGCUGGUGGCAGUGCAGUUGCUAGUGGGCGCUCGGACAAGGUCAUGAAGAAGAGUGAGGAGAAGAAGGCAUUGAAAUCCAAGAGGAAGAAGAGGAAGGCCAAGGGGACAAGCAGGAAGGCUCUGAGUGGCCACGAGCAGGGUGCGCCUGUCGAGUGA